GCGCGCCUAACGAGCGCGAGGGAAGCUCGAAGACGAACCGAACAAAACAUUCGCGAGUUCGAAGAAGAGCUCACUCGUCGCUAAGGUCGGCGCCGCAAUAAGUCGCCGGGAGUAUCGCGGUAAAACUCGCAGGCUUUUCAACUGAGGCGAUACAGUUUUCAUGCUUAUCAAGUACAGUCUCACAUUCGAAGCGGAAAUUAAUCUUGUUUGUGAGCCGAACUGAGCCUCGAUCUAUGUAUAAAAAGAGAUGGUCCGCGAAUGGAGUCCAAACGCAGCAGUGCCACUCCACGUAAUCAGUUUUCCCUUGCGCAGUCUCCUAUUCUACUUUUGUAUUUUUGUAUGCGCUUUCAAAUCACUUUGUAUGCUUGCCAUAUGCGCUUUUUUAUAGCAGUGCCUUCCUUUUACAGUAGCUAUAAAGCAUAUUGUCGCCACUGUUACGUACCACUAUAUUAUGCAUUCCAUAAUUUUGAUGUAGUUUAAUUACCCAUGUUUGAGAUAAAUUGUGCGC